AUGACGACCACCACCAUGCCCAACCUCGUGCCGACCCUUGGGUCUUCGAUUUUGCCAGCGACGCCAGCACAUGAGUGGGCAGAGAAGAUGGAGGGAGAACUGGCAGACGGGGCGAAGAGGGCGGAUAGUUUGGCGCCAAAGGACGCGGUUGACCUUGUGCCGGGGUCGUUUCCUGGGGGGCAUGAAGAGAGUGAAGGGGUACCAGUGGUGGAGAAGGCAGCGACAAUGCUGCCAGCGGAGGAGGACGUGCAGAGCACCAUCACGACUGUUGGCCAGCGGGUGAAGGAGAUGUUGCCAGAGGUCCUGAAGGCAUAUCUGCCGUCGACGAACAUGACCACUGCGAAAGAGAUGGAGUCUGACGCGCCGACCUUUCUGAAAGAAACCCCGCCUGCCGACUCAUUGCUCAGCACCUCGACCAAUCUCAGUACUCAGGCCCAAGCAGGAUCCAUUUUCCCACCCACACUCGAAUCUGAAUCAGUUCCCGUCGCAACACCCGCUGAAGCCGACCCCGACCCUCUCAUGACACCCAUUGCCGCGCCAGUCCCCAUUUCCGGCCUCUCCGCUCCCCCAGUCGAUGACACUGCUUCAUCCAACCUCAGCACUCGUGUACAUACCGGCACUUCCGCUUCCCCCAACCCUGUGUUCCCCUCGCUCCCCGCCGAUAUCCCUCACUCGACGCCGACCCCGCCAAACGGCUCCCGCUUCCUGGAGCGCCUUGAGUCAUCGCAGUCUGCAGACAUUGACCUCGGCUUGACGCACACGACAUCGCCGAAGCCCUUGUCGGUUGCGGAGGAGGAGGACGUUCAUGAAGGGGCACGUGCGCCGAACAACACGAUGGCUGCACCUCCAACGGAGAAAGCCAUCUUGGUCGAGCGGGGAGCGCCAGAUGCACUACCCACGCCGCAAGCAGGGGUGCUGCCCGCGGAGCUUGGAACCGAUGAAGUUUCCGAUGGGCCGUCGGACGAUGGUGAUGAGAAGGACGGCGAUGGAGAGAAGAAGGAGCGGAAGCGCGACAAGCUGGUGCGCAAGCUCAAGGAGAAGAUGCACGUCGGCGGGGCGCAUUGA